AUGGCGCCAGAUACAGUCUCUCGUACCAAGCGAGUUAGUGCCCCCUCGGCGAGGGUUAUUGAUCCAGACAACAUCGGCGAGAAGCAAUUAUCCUCUCAUAGAGCUGCGCAAGCUGAAGCUAUUCUUCGUGCCGAAGCUGAAGCUGCUCUCCGUGCCCAAGAAGCUAAUCAAGAAUGGGCUUCCCACACCGGUUCAUCUCCAGCCGCAACCGAUCCUUCCCAUGAAGAAGCUAGGAUGGAGAUAGAGAGAGUCGCCAAUAGCAACCGCCCGCUUUCACCAGUCCCUGCAUCUCGUCGCAAGCGCAAACCAAUUGUAGAGGACUCCGACUCUGACUCGCAGGAUGGCACUCAGCCAUCAUCAUCUCAAAAGCGAGCAAGGACAGCUGAAAGUCAAGAUACCACGCUGCCUGCAACGAAUCAACUCGACGAAGAUGGUUUUCUGAAAGACAUUAACAUACAGGCCAUCGACAACGAUACCAUGUCAAAUAAACGCCGGGAAGAUACAAGCCGUGAUCUAAAUGAAUUCUUUGCAGAGGCGUUUGAAGUGAGUGCCCCAGAAGGCAAGAGAAAACGGCGAAGAUGUUUGAAGUGCCCACGAAGGCAGGGUGAAGAGCGACCGAGCUUUGUGGCAGAUGUCAGUACGUUACGACGACACAUUGAGUCAGCGCAUCGAGAACCCUACAUGGCUUGGUGUAAAGCCAACAAGUUCGAGCCGAAGCUUCCGAAAUACCGUGCCCAACUUAGAGAAAAACAGACCACCAGUCAACAGAAAACGUUGGACCCGCACCUCAAAGAAAUUCCAACACGUCUACCCCCGUACACCGACCAGGUAUAUCACGAAGCAGCCAUCCAUUGGCUUGUGGAGAACGACUUGCCUAUCCAAGCUCUCGAACACCCUUCCUUCCGCAACAUGAUCAACACGGCUGCACGGGCAACAAACGGUGUGAAACAUCUGACGCGCAAGAUGACACGGAACCAGAUAAUGGUCACGUUCAAGCGAGCACUCACGAAAAUACGCGAACGAGUCAAUGCGUCAAACAUUGACGCCUACUUUGCGGUAACGGCCCAUUGGAUUGAAGAAGAGCGACCAGGUGUGUGGAAGAUGGGAAUGGCCCUGAUUGGUUUCACCCAGCUCAACAACUCGCACAACGGCCAACGUCUCGGCCACGCACUAUACAAGAUUAUUGAACGGGUGCAUAUUCAGCACAAGGUCGGACAUAUGACCUGCGAUAAUGCUUCAAACAACGACACUAUGCUUGAGCACUUCGAGGAGCGCAUGCACCGGGAUGGACAUAGAUUUGAUCGGAAACAACAGCACAUACGGUACAUGUCGGCUAUCUUUCUGUAG